AAUCAAAUCAUAAGAACGAACACUAGGCGCAAAUGAUGAAAGGAUUCGUAGCCGUUGCUUUGCUGAUCCUCGCGAUCGUACAGUGCAUCCAAGCUGUUCCAGUUCCCCAAUUGCUUACAUUCCGCGAUGGAAAGUUCGGCGUCAACUUCGGCGGCUACCACGCUGAGGCCGGUCUAGGAGGGCUGCUCACCGGAAACAGUGCCCACGGAGGACUGUCCGCUUCCGCCGGAACACCGCACGGCCAACAGGCGGGAGCCGGCAUCGGUGGACUGCUCGGCGGCAACGAACGCACCGCUGGAGGCGCGUACGCCGGAGCGACGGCAGGGCACGGCGUUGGCGCUAGUGCCGCCAUCGGUGGAGGUCUCGAUGGGGCCGGCGGUGCCGGAGGAGCUGGCGCCGAAUCGCACGCUGGAGGAGUGAGCAAGAAGGUUGUCAAACUGGGCCAAACGAACCAUGGAGCCCCACCCACAGAGGUUGUCAUUUCGAAGGAGUAUGGCGGCAACCAGCACCAAGGUAAUUUCGAACGAAUCGAUCACGUGAAGGAAGUGCACACGGAACUGACGGUCCCGGAACCCCAUCCAGCCCCGGCACCUGCUCCUGCACACGGUUUCCGUAAGACCGUGUACAAGAAGAAAGUGAUCGGACAUCCCCACAAGAUCGCCGUCGUUGAAACGUCAGCUCAUCACGAUGGACCGCAACCUCCGCUCGACAUCAGUCGUUUCUUCGACUUCCAGGCGUUCACCAAUCUGGGUGCACAAUUUGCGCACCCCGCGCCGCCACCACCGCCACCACCACCGGUUGUACACAAGACAUUUGUGAAACAGACUUCCUACGAGCCCAUACACAGACCUACGUUUGAGAAAGAGGUUCACACCCGAUAUGACUCGUCGAACGGACACAGCGCAGGUGGGUCUUCGACAAGCACCCACGUGGUCGCCAGCUCGACCCACAACUCCAACUUCUGGAACGAUAUCUUCAACAUUCCGAUCUCCACGCUGUCGGCCGUUAAUCAGUUCCUGAACAACAAAGCCGGUAGCGGAAGUCUUCAAGUCCAGAAGCACGUGGAAGUUCACUAGAUGCGGAUAUGUUUUAUGCCGUAUAAUGUAAAACACAUUGAAACUAUUUAACGUGCACGUAAAAAUACAUAUUUUCAUAAUAAA